CGCUGGGCGGUGGCGGCCAUGCAGGCGGCGGCGCAGGGCUCGAAGGCGGCGGCGCAGGAACUGGUGAAGUUCGUGAACCGCAGUCCCUCGCCGUACCACGUGGUGGCCGAAUGCCGCAGCCGGCUACUGCAGGCUGGCUUCCAGGAGCUGAAGGAGACGGAGCACUGGGACGUGCGGCCGGCGCAGAAGUACUUCAUCACCAGGAACUACUCCACCCUCAUCGCCUUCGCAGUCGGCGGCCAGUUCCAGCCCGGAAAUGGGUUCAGCCUGCUAGGAGCGCACACCGACAGCCCCUGCCUCAGGGUGAAGCGUCGCUCUAAGCGGGGCCAGGUGGGCGUAGUGCAAGUCGGUGUGGAGACCUAUGGAGGGGGCAUCUGGAACACCUGGUUCGACCGUGACCUCACCGUGGCCGGGAGGGUGAUCAUAAAGGACCAAGCCACAGGGCGCCUGGAGCAGCGCCUGGUACGUGUGGAGCGGCCCGUCCUCCGCAUUCCUCACCUGGCCAUCCACCUGCAGCGCAGCAUCAAUGAGAACUUUGGGCCCAACACUGAGCACCACCUGGUUCCCAUUCUGGCCACUGCAGUGCAGGAGGAGCUGGAAAAGGAGGUGCUUAAUUGCGGGGUGUGGAUUGCGGGGUGCAGGGUGUGGUUUGCGGGGCGCAAGGGUGCAGAGGUCGGAGUCCGGGGCGCAGGCCGCCCAUUCCUCCACGCCAGCAGGGGGCGCUGGGCGGGCCGGCGCGGGGCGGUGGCGGCCAUGCAGGCGGCGGCGCAGGGCUCGAAGGCGGCGGCGCAGGAACUGGUGAAGUUCGUGAACCGCAGUCCCUCGCCGUACCACGUGGUGGCCGAAUGCCGCAGCCGGCUACUGCAGGCUGGCUUCCAGGAGCUGAAGGAGACGGAGCACUGGGACGUGCGGCCGGCGCAGAAGUACUUCAUCACCAGGAACUACUCCACCCUCAUCGCCUUCGCAGUCGGCGGCCAGUUCCAGCCCGGAAAUGGGUUCAGCCUGCUAGGAGCGCACACCGACAGCCCCUGCCUCAGGGUGAAGCGUCGCUCUAAGCGGGGCCAGGUGGGCGUAGUGCAAGUCGGUGUGGAGACCUAUGGAGGGGGCAUCUGGAACACCUGGUUCGACCGUGACCUCACCGUGGCCGGGAGGGUGAUCAUAAAGGACCAAGCCACAGGGCGCCUGGAGCAGCGCCUGGUACGUGUGGAGCGGCCCGUCCUCCGCAUUCCUCACCUGGCCAUCCACCUGCAGCGCAGCAUCAAUGAGAACUUUGGGCCCAACACUGAGCACCACCUGGUUCCCAUUCUGGCCACUGCAGUGCAGGAGGAGCUGGAAAAGGAGGUGCUUAUGGAGUCCACACCUUGCAGUGCUGCAGCCCAGGCAGAGCGGCACAGCCCUGUUCUGCUUUCCCUGAUCUGCCCCCAGCUGGGGGUGAAACCAGAGCAGAUUGUGGAGCUGGAACUAUGCCUGGCAGAUACACAGCCAGCGACGCUGGGUGGUGCCUUCGAUGAGUUCAUCUUCUCCCCACGUCUGGACAACCUGCAUAGCUGCUACUGUGCCUUGCAGGCCUUGAUUGACUCAUGUGCAGCACCCUCGUCCCUCUCCCAGGAGCCCAAUGUGCGUCUCAUCGCGCUCUAUGACAAUGAGGAGGUAGGGUCAGAGAGUGCCCAGGGUGCAGAGUCCUUGCUAACGGAGCUGGUGCUGCGCCGGAUCUCUGCAUCACCACACAACCUGACAGCCUUCGAGGAGGCAGUGGCCAAGUCCUACAUGAUCAGUGCUGAUAUGGCCCACGCUGUGCAUCCCAAUUAUGUGGACAAGCAUGAGGAGAAUCAUCGCCCAGCCUUCCACAAGGGCCCUGUCAUCAAAGUGAACAGCAACCAGCGCUACGCCUCCACAGCUGUCACUGAAGCUGUAAUCCGGGACAUUGCUGCCCGCGUGGGUGUCCCUCUGCAGGAGUUCAUGGUGCGCAACGACACGCCCUGCGGCACCACCAUCGGCCCCAUUCUGGCCUCCCGCCUGGGGCUGCGUGUGCUGGACAUUGGCUGCCCGCAGCUGGCCAUGCAUUCCAUCCGGGAGAUGUGCUGCACCUCGGGGGUGCUUCAGAGCAUCACCCUCUUCAAGGGCUUCUUCGAGCUCCUGCCGACGGUCAGCAGCAGCCUGGUGGUCGACUGAACAUGGCGGGGAGGGAGUAGCAGUGGGUUUAGUCCUGGGGCCAUUAAAGCAAUUCUGUCUCACCA